AUGUCCGAACGCGUCAGCACCCGCUCCUCCAAUGCAGAGAAGCAUCCCGGUUUGGCUCACCUUGCACUGAACCGCAGGAGCGCAGACGAAAUCGCGCUCGAGAAGGCCCAGAAGCGAGCGACACAGGAAGCCGCCGACAAGAAGAAGAAGAAGAGCCAAGAACGACUCGCUGACGCUGAGAGUAAGCUGGCUGACCAACAGAAGGCAAGGACUGAGCGCGCACCGAGGGCACCAGUGAGACCAGCCCGUUCUCAACGGGUUCCCGACAUUCCGCAAGAUGUUGGCGAGGGGCCUGGAGCUGACGAAUCUGAGGCCGCCAGGCCUCCCGAGAAGGCGAAGAGCAGGAAGAGAUCUGUGAAGGGAGGCAAAGUCGCUAAAGGUGCUGGCGACGCCGGAGGCACUGAGCCACUGGUCCAUGCAGCCAAACCCAAGCAGACCGUUGCUGUGAGGUCAACGUUCAGGAGUGGAGUUGAAGUGUUGAAGGCGGGAGGCACUGACAGUCGUGAGGUGCCUGCAGUUCCGCACGAGGUCAAUACCGGAAACGGUAAUGGUGACGCGCGGGUUGUCCGCCCCGUCUCAUUCAAGGCAGUUGUCAAGAAAUGGUCCUCCAAUGUCCCUCGCUCCGCCCCUCCCUCAGUCGUCUCAUCUCUAUCCCGUUCCACGACCCAAAAGGUGGCUAGCGCAGCCUCAUCCGUCGCUGGUGUCCGACCCGCCAAUGCUAGCGGUGCUUCGGCUAUAGGGGACCAUAUUGAUUCACUCGGUAUCUCUGAUGACGACGACGAGAACAUUACCCGUGAGCGCCUGAGUCUCAACCAGACCAGCGCCCGGGAUGACAAUAUCCUCGACAUCGCUCAUGCGCCGAGCGACCUUCUGGAGAUGGAGGAGAUGGCGGAGGCUCCCUCCAAGAAGACGUCCAACAAGCGGGUCCACUCAGAUAUCGAGGAGGACCACUCCAAUGACGAACGCGAGGUGCUCCCUCCCUCGGAUGAGGAGCAGGAGGACCUUUCCUCCUCUCCGCCGUACAUGCCCGAAGCGCAGCUUUCAGAUCAGGUUGAGCAGGAAAGGCUCAUGGACAAGUACUUGGCUGCCAUGGCGCCGCCCCUUACCGAGUCGGACAAGCUCAUCUCGAGACACGCCGCCCAGGACCAGCCUGACCCCAAGCCUCUGUCUCGCACUACAUCAUCAACCGACGUCGCCAUCACCGAGAACCCCCGUGCCCCCAAGCGCGCCAAGGCGGCGCCAGCUACGAAGUCCCAAGAGAAGGUAGGAAAGCCCUCCGCCCUUGCAACUGCAACACCCAUACCCGCACCUGCACCCACGUCCGCGUCCGCGUCCGCGCCCACAUCUUCCAAGGCGAAGAAACUCCCCUCAAAAUGGGUCAAGGAAGACCUCCCGUCUUACUGCAACAACAAGAGCUUGUGGACGUUCGUGUACAUCCCAACAUUCCUUGCCUGGCUUGGUACGCAGCGGGCUGUUUGGGGUCCAAGUUCUGCGUCGAUACUCGAUGCCAUGAAAGAUAUCUGGCUGGCUGUUUACGAACAGGAGAUGCCGGAAGAGCAGGACACGGUUGAGGGAGCCGCGUUUGGCUUGAAGGCGAACGACUGGCGGGCCAACUUUGGCUCCACUGCCAUCGCCGUCCUCCUUAACAACUUCGUCGAGCAAGAGAUGCAUGGCCAGGAUACCUCCGAGAAGGAUCGCAGGUGGUAUGCUGAGGGCCUCCUCUGCGAGUCCGCCUUCAUGCACGAGGAAGUCACUGACGACGGCACCCCUGUCAACCCUCUUCGUGGCAAGUUCAUGGGCAACAUCAUCGCGACGCACUACUCGGCAACUCAGGGCUACAUAGAGGUGCCCGACGUGAGCGAGCUCACCGGUCUAUACGCUCCGUGGGGCGCAAUCACGCUCGCCAUCACCGCCGGCGAACGCGCAUGCACGCUUGCCAAGGAAGGCAAGCUUGGCUCAAUCGAGCACAUUCUUCACGACCUUGCCAGCUUCGAGGCGUCUGGUCGCCGUGGCAGCAUCAUCAACAGGGCGAAGACCCUCAUGACUGCCAACAAGGACGAUCGUCUGGAAGCGAAUGGGAGGACCGGGAAGCAGUCGACAACAAUCCUCAACUUCUCGGAGCAAAACUGGUCGGCGGCUUCGUCCGCGUACUGGUUGUCUGUCAGGGCUGCCGAGCCUAAGGUAAUGGCGUCGGCACUCGAGGCGUCGGCGGUAUAUUCCAAUAAGGUCAAGCGAGGUGAACGUGAGGCUGACAACGAAGGCGAUACCGACGUUCCAGCUGCAAUCGCUGAAGACAGGCGGGCAAAGCUCACGUUUUGUAGAUGA